ACUCUGUCUCAGUUCCUCAUCCUCCUGAGACUCAGCUCCAGCCUCCAGUGGCUACCUCCUCUACAAUCAUGCUGCUCAGACAGGCCCUUUUAAUCCUGAGCUUUGUACCUCUGCUCAUGUGUCAGCAGCCAGACUGUGCUAAUCUGACUACAGCCCUCAAUGACACCAUCAUAGACCGGUUGUCUGGCAAGUGGUACUACGUUGCCUCAGUGCUUCGCUACCUUCCAUACAUAGAAGAGUUUGGGGCGAUCCAGUCAUCCUUCUACUACCUGAUCCCCAAUAAGACAGAGGACUUAUACCAAGGAAUAGAAUACAAUACCGUUGGAGACAAAUGUGUGCAUCAGGAAGGUCCGAUCUUCUUCAAUAGAACCGAAGGGACCUUUUUUAAGAAUGAGUCAAAUGAGGUGCAUGUUGCCCACAUUGCUCUGACCCAGGACCAGAAUGCUUAUUUCCUCAUCUACUUUUCAAGUGAUAAAAUCCUUCGAGGAGCAGCUGUUUCUGUUCGAACCCAGAAGGCCUCUGAGGAGCAGCUGAAAGAGUUCCAGGAGAUUGUCAAGUGCCUGGGCUUCCAAGAGCAGGAGAUUAUAUACACAGAUUGGAGCAAGGAUAAAUGUGAGCCAUUGGAGAAGGAACACAAUCAGAAGAAGAGCAAGGAAGCCAAGGAUGUCUCCAGGGCAGAAGAGCCCUCCUAGACCAGAAUGACUCAGCUCCAGGUGGCCUCUUUUGUCAAUUAAUCCAGAGGCCAGUUAAAUAAAUAGAGUCACUGUACUCCAAACCAAA